UGUAGACUGGGGUUUAUCGUCGUUGGGGGAUGAAACUACCCCUCGGUUUCCAGUAGCUUGCUUGGAUACUUGCAAAUAUUAUAUAUUACUAUACUAAAAGAUAUAACUUUAGUAUGUUCCGACGUCCAGCUAAAAGCUUCAGUUACCUUACGGACAUCACCCGAUUCACCUCACGAUAUUUAUUUAUUUAAUACCAUGUAGUUGUUUAUCAUUUAAUCAGUUCGUUUCCGGUAACUGCUCGGACAUAUUGUGCCAAAUUGAGUGACUUUUAUUAAUAAUAAUAAUUAUUAUUUUUUUAUCGGCGUAAUUGAUGUGCAAGGUGCGUUAAAUAAAAAUAUCCACCCACGAUGACAGUGAAUUUCAACCCUCUAUGGUUUAUUGUCUUCAUGUUGCCGGGUUUCAUCUGUCCUGGUGAUGCUAAGCAAGAUGAUUCGAAUAAUUUGGAUUGUAAAUUAGAAGGAUUACAUCCUUUUCUCAUAAUUACAUACAAAAAUGUAACAAUAUCAGCAGACAAGAUUAGAAUUCCACAUAGCGAACGUGUCACAGUGAGAUGUCGAGAACUAGGGAGGUACAAACUUGUCGGUGAUCCUUUUCUCCAAUGUCGGAAUGGAGAAUGGAAUAAUAAGCCACCUUCUUGUUUACCAACAACUUCCAUCUCUAAUUACAGCGAAAAUGCGCCACCAACAAUUUUAUUCGGAUUACCAACAGGAUCAGCGGCUAUUGAACCUUCUGGAGCGUUAGCUGUCUUCCCCGGAAGUAUUUUACAUCUCGAGUGUUUAUUUGCCAGACAUAUGGGUAACCCAGAAUGGACGUGGACGUCGACAUUUCGUCAAUACCUCACGGGCUGGGCUAUCGCAGCAUCUGAAAAAGAUUGGAAAUACAGAUUGUCGAUAUACUACGUUAAAAAUCAAGACUCUGGAGUUUAUACAUGUUCAACACCAAAAGGUUUGACUAAUUCAAUUCGCAUACACGUUAUAGAUUUGCAUUGCCCUACAUUGACAGUCGCUCCACCAACGAUCGGAAGAAUUCAAGGAACGAGGAUGGGACAUAAAGCGGAAUUCGGAUGUCCAGAUGGUUACAAACUCGAAGGAUCCCGACGUUUAAAUUGUCAAUAUAAUGGAAGAUGGUCAAGUGAAGUUCCACGUUGCGAUCCGAUACUUUGCCCGCAAAUUAAUAUAACGAACCCCAGACUCCAAUUAUUGGAGUACAAUAAUACCGUUGGAGGGAGAGCAUCUUUUGAUUGUAUGUGGGGUAAUAAUCUCAUUGGUGAACCGACAAUUAUUUGCAGAGAUGACGGCAGGUGGAGCGCACCCCCACCUCAUUGUUUACAAAUAAUUUGCCGCCUGCCCCCAAUGCCGAAGAAUGGAAAAGUUAUAGAAGAUCGAUUAACAAAUUCAGGGAAGAAACGUGUUCGUGUAAAGAAAGUAGGAUCUCUUUUGAGGUUCGCGUGUCUCCCGAGUCAUCAACUGAUUGGUGAAGCAUCAAUUAUCUGCAUGGAAAACGGAACGUGGUCACACGAUCCGCCUCAAUGCGAAGUAAGAUGUCCUUAUCCAGGCGAUCCACCUCAUGGAAAAAUAGCUCCAUUGAAAUUUUGGUACAAACCUGAAGAUACUAUUCAAGUAACUUGUUCACCUGGAUAUGUAACACCUCUUGAACCAGUUAAAAGGCCUACAUGCCGAGAAAAUGGGAUGUGGAGUGGACCACCACCACCUUGCCGGUCUUAUCGUGAUGUAUGAAAAGUAAAAAUAUAAAUUUUUUUAUCAUGACAUGACAAGACAAAAUUAAAUCUCAAGAUAAAAGUAAAUCACUUUGCCGUUGCGGCAUAAAUUUAUCAAAAAAUUUAAACAUUUAAAUUUAAAUAUUAUAAAAAAAAGAAAAUGUUUUACACAAAAAAAAACAAAUGAUAAUAAUUAAGCGAUUUAAAUGUUUUUAUUUAUAUUAAUCUUCCCAUUAAAAGAUUUUUUUUAAUGUACGUACCCACAAGUAAUCAGUUAUUUAUUAAUAAAAAUGUACUUACAUUUAUUUUGUUUAAAUUAAAAAAAUUUCCCGCGGAAUUUAAAAAUGUUUGAAUCCGGCUGAAUUUAAAAAUGUCCCUGAUAUAAAUAUAACUGAAGUUGUUUAUAAAUAAUUGAUUACUUGUAAACACUUGUAAUAACUUUUUUUUAAAGUAGAUUAAAUAUUGUAAAAUAUAUAAAGUUUAAUUAAAAAAUUUUCUUGUACUUAGAUGUUUAUCUUUAUUUUUAUUUUAUGUGUUAGACUUUUGUUUCUCUUGUAGCCUAGUCUACAAAGAGACGUAGUUCUGUUCCUUGUAUUUACACAGUGAGAUUAAUUAAAGUCACUUGUCCUCCUGGAUCCUCUCUCAAGUUAAAAUAUAUCAAGUCAACCCUCGUCGGCUUUGUGUAAAUACAACUACGGCUUGAUUUAG